ACAAGAAGAUGGAGAAGAAGCAGCCCUGUCUCUGUGGUUUAUUAACUUCUAAACAUCAGUGCCAUAUUAUCUGACACUCACGUUUAUGUUCGGAGAAGGAGGGAAGACUAUCAAGUGUCUCAGUGCGGAACAAACCACAAGACUGUCAGAAAACGGAGCUUCAGUGUGUUUGGACGGAAGCGUGCUAACGGAGCUAGCCUGCAAGCUAACAACAGUUAGCAUGGAGGAACUGAAGAAAAACAUCCACGGAGAAAUCCAGGAGGUGGUGGUGAAAGAUGAAGAGAUUUUCUGUGAGCAUCAGGAGAGGAACACCAGUCUGGACCAAGAGGAGCCAUCAGAAGCAGCACAGAUUAAAGAGGAGCAGGAGGAACUGUGGAUCAGUCAGGAGAGAGAACAGCUUCAAGGAGCAGAGGAGGAGGAUAUUAAUGUGUUCACAUUUAGUCCUGUUGCUGUGAAGACUGAAGAAGCGGAUGGAGAGAAACCUCAGACCUCACAGCUUUAUGAAAACCAAAGUAGAGACAGCAGAGACAGAGAGUUUUUGAAAACAGAAGCUGAUGGAGAGGGCUGGAAAGCAUCCUCAGCAGACAGAGACUUCAAGGCAGACAGUUAUUUACAUCCAGUUACUCCUGGUGAGACUUUAGACCUUUCUGAAUCUGAUACUGAUGACAGUGCUGAUUUUGAGGAGAGUGAUGAACCUCAGGAAGGUUUAAAUCAUCUGCAAACCAAAGAUGGAAGUGUAGGUGAUUUGAAACUUUACACAGGAAAUGCAUCAGAUAACUCUGAAUGUGCUCCAGACUUUGAUCAAAAGACACAGCAGAAGCAGCACCAAGGAGAUAAUCUACUGGGCUGUUCAUUUUGUGGUAAAACAUACCUGUGCAAGAAAAAUUUAAAACACCACAUGUUGCGUCAUUCAGCAGAAAAACGUUUCAGCUGCUCAGUUUGUCAGAAAAGUUUUCUCUGGAAAGUAGAGAUGGUGAGGCACAUGAGAGUCCACACAGGAGAGAAACCACUGAGUUGUUCGGUUUGUGGUAAAAGUUUUUCUUGUCAUGGAAAUCUGAAAAUACACUCCACUACUCACACAGGGGAGAAACCGUUUAGCUGUUCAUUUUGUGGUAAAAGUUUUUCUCAACAUGUAAGUCUGAGAAACCACUCUGUUAUCCACACAGGGGAGAAACCGUUUAGUUGUUCGGUCUGUGGUAAAGGUUUUUCUCAACAUAGCAGUCUAAAGAGACACUCUGUUGUCCACACAGGGGAGAAACAGUUUAGUUGUACAGUCUGUGGUAAAAGUUUUUCUCAACAUGAGAGUCUUAGAAAGCACUCUGUCAUCCACACAGGGGAGAAACCAUUUAGUUGUUCAGUUUGUGGAAAAAGUUUUUCUCAAAAUGGAAGUCUGACAUUGCACUCUCUUGUCCACACAGGGGAGAAACCGUUUAGUUGUUCAGUUUGUGGAAGAAGUUUUUCUCAAAAUGGAAGUCUGAAGAGACAUUCUGUCGUCCACACAAGGGAAACAGUUUAGUUGUUCAGUUUGUAAAAAGUUUUUAGAAGCAACCUUUAUUUAUACUCAAGAUAUCAUUGAGGGGCACCCUUAUUUACAAUGAUGUCGAGUCAAUUACAGAAGAAAUUCAGAGAAUACAAAUCAAUAGAAACAGAGGAGAAACUGACAACAGGGCAUUAACAUCAUCAGACUGGUGAUGAUGAAAUGACUAUAAAGGUCACACUUUCUUAAACCCAUUACAGACACAAGGUUGGGGGUUUAAAACAACAUUUCUAAAAAGCCCAAAAGGUAAAAACUUUGUAAAUCUUAAGCAGCUGCUGUAACUGUUGCAUAAGUCAGAAGCAGAAUAGGAAAAGGCAGUCUUUCCCAGUUCAGAUGUGAGUCGUGGAACAUGCAAAAGCAGCUGGCCAGAGGAGCGUUUAUGAUGUUGAUCGUUAGAAGAGCGAUGGAGAGUUUUAGUGAGGUAAGAUGGUAAUUUUUCUAAAAGGGCUUUAUGAAUAAAAAUGCGCCAGUGAAAAUUUAAUCUCAUUUGUAGAGAAGACCAGCCAACUUUACGAAAUAAAAUGCAAUGCUGUGUGUUAAAAGGAUUACCGGUGAUAAAUCUUAAUGCAGACUGAUAAACAGAGUCAAGCCGUUUGAGGGUUGUAGGGCUGCGUGUCUGUAAAUAACAUCACCACAGUCAAGGACUGACAUGAAAACAGCCUCCACAAAACCUACAGAACAUAGGGAAGUUCAAUUUAUUCCUUAUUUAUUUUUCUUUAUUUAUACCCACUUUUUGCAGAAGUCGGCCAAAAAGAUCAUUGAUAUGAAGAUUAAAAGUCAUUUUAUCAUCAGUCAAAAUACCUAUACUGUGUUUCUCGCUACGAUUUUCACAUCAUUCUGGUCAACUGCUUUUAAUCUGGAGAAGAGCAUUAAUUUUUUUUUUUUUCUGCAUUUAGGACCAGUUUUAGACCAUUGAAAUUUUCUUGUUACAUGUUAAAUGGCUGUUGCAGCAUAUUAAAAUCAGAUGGUACAUUUUCUCCAAUACAGUACAGAACUGUCUCAUCUGCAUACAGAUGUGCGUGGUAGUUGUCCAUACAAGGGAAACCAUUUUGUUGCAGUUUUAAUGGCAGAACACUGAUUUAGCUUUAAGUUGUCGAAUACCAAAGUGUUUUAGUUAGAGCAGAGAAAAUGACUCUAUAAAAUACACAGGCAAAGUCCAAAAUUAGCUGUUUUAAAUUGUAAUUUGAAGACUAGUUUACUCAAUUUUCUGUCCUUGGAACACAAUAUAUUUGGACUGUGUGGUCUCUCUGAGUGUGUAGCCAGUCUCUUGUGUGUUAAAGAUAAUAUUUAUAAACAUUUUCACUGAUGAUCAAAGCUACGUAAGGAUUGGGCCGGAUUUUACAGGCUUGUCUCCACACAGUACGCCGCCGUUAUGUGAUUAUCAUAAUUUAGAGUUGUUUAUUUCUGCAAUUAUUUUUUAAUUU